AUGACCUCGUCCACCGACCAGAUUUUAUCGAGGAUUCUCGACGAGAUCACUGAGCUCAAGAUCAAGAACUCGCAUCUUGAAGCCAAGGUGGAUUCACUGCAAAAUGCAGCUACCCUCCCCUCUCCUUCCUCGCAAGUUCGCCGACAGAGCUCUAGCGGCUUCACUGCACUAGGUGCUCACAGCUUGUCUCCUUCGCAGCCCGCUGAUCUCGCCUUUGGCACCUCACCGCCUCCCCAGCCUCUCGGACCCCCUGCUCACCCGCUUGGUGGUCUUCCACAGACCAACGGUCCCAGUCCCAUCAGCACACCCGAUCUUGGUACCAGGAAGCUCCCCACCGCCAACGGUGCAGCUUCACCCUCUCAACCAGCUUCCAUCAGCUCCACUGCCGGCUACUACUCUUCCCGAGUCAUCCUCACCACCUACCCCGGCCAAGUUGGCAUCAAACCUCUCCCCCUCAACUGGGCCGCCCAAGACCCUCACCAACGUGGACCCGUCGUUGCCAGUCGACACCCUAACUCCAUCCGCGUCCGCAACGCCAUUGGUGCCUACGGAGGCUCCUACUCCGUCUACCGAUCACUCUCCAUCGCCAUGGGUCAACUCAACCCCAACCAUCGCCCAGACUACACCAACACCGAACCACCUUUCGAUAUCCCUCCUAACCCAUCCUGGUUCGAUCCUUCCAAAAUCGUCGCCAUGGACCCUUGGGGACAUCUUGCACCGCAAGUCUACAAGUCAGAGUUCGACGGAGGAAUUGAUAUCCGGCCCACAGCUUCGUUGACCAAAGCGCACAUUAAGAUGCCUGAAUUGGACAAGGCCCAGGCGUCAGGUGUUUUCCCGAUCGAUGGGAAGAUUGUGGUAAAGAGUAUAAGGUUGCCGGGUGUGGCGGAGGAUGUGGAUCCUGGAUGUGAGGUUAGCGUGAGUAAAGCGGCGGUUGAUCCUGUUUGGUAUCUUCCUGGUGUAGCUGAGAGGUUAGGGGUGACAGAGGGAUCGUUGAGAAGGGCGAUUUUUGAAGAUACUGGUGGAUCUUAUCCUGAAUUGCUUACUAGGCAUGACCUUAAGGUGUUUCUUCCUCCCAUUUCUGGAUUGACAGUGUAUAUCUUUGGUAGGCCGGAAGAUCUUAGGGACUCGGAGAAGGAGGUGACGGUUAGGAUUCAUGACGAGUGCAAUGGUUCCGACGUUUUCGGUUCCGAUAUUUGCACUUGUCGACCUUAUCUUCUGUUCGGGAUUGAAGAAUGUAUUAAGACAGCACAACGUGGUGGUGCUGGUGCAGUCAUUUAUUUCCGUAAAGAAGGCCGCGCUCUUGGUGAAGUUACCAAGUACCUUGUCUACAAUGCAAGAAAACGAGGAACCGAUUCAGCAUCGAACUACUUCAAGCGAACGGAGAACAUCGCAGGGGUGAAGGAUAUGAGGUUUCAAGCUCUUAUGCCAGACGUUUUGCACUGGCUAGGUGCUACGAACAUUACCAAUUGGAUCUCGAUGAGUAAUAUGAAGCACGAUGCGGCGGUGAAUAGCGGCAUCAAGAUUAAGAAUAGGUACGAGUUACCAGAGGAGUUAAUCCCGGCUGAUUCGAGGGUGGAGAUCGAUGCAAAGAUUCAAGCGGGGUACUUUAGUGCGACGAAACAGUUGACGGAGGAGGAUUUGAAGAUGACUGUUGGUAGGGCUUGGGAGGAUAUUGAUCAUUGA